AUGAACAUUUUCUUCUCGCAUUGUCCUCAAAUGAAGUUUCCAAGUGGGUAUAACUCAUCCUUCAACCGCUACAAAAAUGCCAUCCUACUGAUCCUCAGCCUAGUUCUUGUCACUAUACUGUCUCUAGAUUAUAUGCGCGACAAUCUGCCUUUCUUGUGGCGCUCUAGGGAGAUUAAUGUCGAUGUGCCAGUCCCCAGGAAAGGAUCAUCCUCAUCAAUCCUGCACCACCGGUUUAAUCACAACGGCUCGAUUAAUGGGAUGAGCCUGGGGAAAAACUGUAACUUGUUUAAGGGGAGAUGGGUGCCAUUUCCCCAAGCACCUUACUACACAAACAACAGUGGGUGUGUCAUUGAGGAUAAUCAAAAUUGCAUGAAGUUUGGAAGGCCAGACACCGAUUUCAUGAAGUUGAGGUGGAAGCCAGAUGAUUGUGAGAUACCCAUCUUCGACGCCGUGCAGUUCCUGGAGUUUGUAAGAGGGAAAUCCAUGGCCUUUCUUGGCGAUUCAGUGGCAAGAAACCAAAUGCAGUCACUGGGAUGCAUGUUGAGUAGUGCUGCCCAUCAUACAGAUUUAACAGACAACAAGCACCCAAGAUUCAGAAGGUGGUUCUACAAGGAUUACAACUUCACAUUAGGGCUUUUACUGACCACCCAUCUGGUCAAAACGCUCGGCGUCAAUUCGAUGAUCUCCAUGAGCACUGUGCAGCUCUACUUGGAUGAGGUUGAUCAGGCUUGGGCAUCUCAUAUACAACAAUUUGACUAUGUGAUCAUCUCAACAGGGCAUUGGUUCACCAGGCCGCUGGUUUACUAUGAAAAUCGCAAGGUUGUCGGUUGCAGCAUGUGCUCUAGGGACAACACCAGAGAUCUCGGAAAGUACUAUGGCUACAGGAAGGCCUACAAAACAGCAUUCAAUCUGUUCCUUGAUCAUGACAAGUUUAAGGGAUCAACAGUGAUCAUGAGGACAAUCACACCAUCACAUUUUGAGGCCGAGGAAUCAGACGAUGGAGGGAACUGUGUGAGGAUUAAGCCAAUGAUGGAGCAAGAAAUGAAGAUGGAGUGGGAUCUUUUCACCUUCUAUUUGAUUCAAAUGGAGGAGUUUUGGGCAGCACAAAGGGUGGGGAAGAAGAGGGGAAUGAAGUUCAAGUUGCUCGAUAUAACAGAGAUGAUGAGGCCAAGAGCAGAUGCUCAUCCAAACCAUUAUGGGCAUGCUGCAGAAGUGAGGUUUAUGCUGUACUCUGAUUGUUUACACUGGUGCUUGCCAGGAGCCAUUGACAUAUGGAAUGAGCUUUUGUUUCAAAUUUUGAAGACUGAAGAUUAUGAUUCCAGUUGA